UAUAGCCCUACCCAUCUCCUCUCCCAUAUCCCUCUCUCUGCAACACUUAAUUAUCCCACACCAUUUCUCAAAACCCGAACCGUAAAGCCAUGGGUUUCCCAAUCGGGUAUACAGAGCUACUGCUACCAAAGCUACUAAUUCACACACUUUCCUUUCUGGGUUUCAUCAGAAAACUAAUCAACACUCUUUUUCGGAUUCUGGGUCUUCCUGAUUUUCUCGAACCGGAUAUUUCUUGGCCCGAAACACCGUCUCGGAUGCCCGAAUUCUACUCCGUUUCCGCCGUUCUUAUCCGUGAGAUUCUCCCCGUUGUUAAGUUUUCCGAUCUGGUGGACCCGCCGGAUAGCUGCGCCGUUUGUUUAGUUGAGUUUGAAGAUCAGGAUGAGAUCAGACGGCUCACGAAUUGUCGGCAUAUUUUCCAUAAGAGCUGUUUGGAUAAAUGGGUCGGGUAUGAUCAGAAAACUUGCCCACUGUGUCGGACUCCGGUUAUUCCUGAAGAUAUGCAAGAGGCGUUUAAUGAAAGAUUAUGGGCUGCUUCUGGUAUUCCUGAUUUUUAUGGGGACUAUUCUCAAAUUAACGCUUUAUAAUUUUCUUUUUCUUCUUUUUUUAGAUUCAAGAAUUAUCAAAACGAAAAAUCUUGCCUUAUUUUUGAGGUGGUUUAAGGUUGAAUGAUGUGUGUAAAUAUACACAAAAAAUGAGUAAAAAUGUAAGAGAAAAUUAGAUGAUUUUGUAUAGUUUCUUGAGUUAUUGAGCUUAAAAUUUCAAUCUCAUUUUAUUUC